AUGUCUGGUUGCCGUUACCGGAAGCAAGGUCGCUGGCUGCAGGAAACCAGUUGGAGGAAAAGGCUUUUCUUUCUGUAAUCAAACCUGAUUUGCAGGGAGUCAAACGUACAACAGAGCAGCUACAAACCCUCGCCAAAUGGAUCACAGGAUUCCAAUAUUAAAUGUGCUGUUUGUCCAUCGAUAACACGUCCGAGUGUCGAGGUACCGGGCCAGAACCAGGCCCGGACGGGCGGGUGGACGGAGGGACAUCACCGGUGCUGUAGUUUGCGACACCGGCAGGCUGCUGUGUGUGUGUGCGUGCGUGCGUGCGUGCGUGCGUAUGUGUGUAGCGGAAUUGGCACGGUGCUCGUAGGGAAAUAGUAAUGUUAUCCGCGACUUGGAGUCGGUAGCUGGACGGAAAGCUCCCGGUACGUGGGGUUCGUCAGCGUCAGAUCGGAUGUGAAGGCUCGAGCAUGGGAAGGAGAAGAGCUAGCGUUGCCGCUAGCUAGCCGAAGUUCACCGACGCCAAGUUUUACCCGUUAAAAGACACUAAAGCUACGUCAUAGUAGAAAAGCGGGAAGGAUGCGCAACAGAUCCUCGUUUAUGUGAGUGGGGUAGCGUUAUUUUUAAUCGGCCAACAUUUGUUCCUUCACUUGUUAGCUCGUUUUAAGGCCUGAUAAAUGUUUCUGGAGCGAGUAUAGCACGGUAGCUAAGUAGUUAGCUGCUAAGUUAGCCUGCCUCGACCGCCCAGAUGAAGGAGUACAAAGUUGUCGUGCUGGGCAGCGGCGGCGUCGGUAAGUCCGCGCUCACCGUCCAGUUUGUCACCGGCACCUUCAUCGAGAAGUACGACCCCACCAUCGAGGACUUCUACCGCAAGGAAAUCGAGGUGGACUCGUCUCCCUCUGUGCUGGAGAUCCUCGACACUGCGGGGACCGAGCAGUUCGCCUCCAUGAGAGAUCUGUACAUUAAGAACGGACAGGGCUUCAUCCUGGUCUACAGCCUGGUCAACCAGCAGUCUUUCCAGGACAUCAGACCGAUGCGAGACCAAAUAGUGCGAGUGAAGCGCUUUGAGAAGGUGCCGUUGAUCCUGGUUGGGAACAAAGUUGACUUGGAGUCGGAACGUGAGGUCGCUGGGUCCGAUGGCCGAGCUCUGGCUCAAGAGUGGGGUUGCCCCUUCAUUGAAACUUCAGCCAAAAGCAAGACCAUGGUGGACGAGCUGUUUGCUGAGAUUGUCCGACAGAUGAAUUACUCCACGCUGCCGGAGAAGCAGGAACAGUGCUGCACAGCCUGCGUAGUUCAGUGAGGACGAGACGUCGCAUCAUUUUCUGGAUCACCACAAGCAUUUCAACGAACCUGGGGACAACCUGACUUUGACUCUGCUGACAAAGUUUCUGUUUGCAUCCGUUUCUGACUGUCUGGCACAGAGCAUCUGACAGGAAAGACGUCAGUCUUAUUUUUGAUACCUUAACUGUUAGAAGACGUUUCUGCUGCAACCUUAACGGCCUUUGCGUUGACCCGCGAUGGUGUCAGACAGACGGACUUGUAAGAACGACCAUCUGUGAAUUUUUUUUUUCCCUUUAGCCAGACGUAUCCCUGAGUUAAUGAGCAGGAUUGUGUGAGGCUGCAGCUUCUUUUUAAAGCUGUUCUAAUCACUAUUAUAUACUUUGUUAUUACUUGUAUUAUGUCUCGAGUUUGGAAUUAGUAUUUCAUAAUGUUGAAACAUUUUGACUUUUAAGCGUGUAUAUUUGGAUCAGCUUGCUGCUCAGGUGUACUGCUUACUUUUAUUCUGAAAGCCUUCUGACAAAAACUCCAGCAGGAUUUACUUUGACUCGAUUAAAUGGUCCUUUUUAUCAUGUUACGCUGGUGUCCUGUAGUUGAUACUGCAGUACCCUGAAGCAGCUGAACUGGUCUGAAACCACGCAUGCUCAAAAUUGAGAAUGUUUUACAAAAUCAACUUGAAGUGAUAAGGAAGAGCCAUUUUAUUGUUUUUACCUUGAAUUCUGUUAGUCUCUUUACAAGGCAUGAAUCGUGUGGACGCAGGUCUUCCAUUUUCAGUUUUCUCGCAGACUUUUCAGUAGGAGGGAAAUUUUGGAGCGACCAAAGGAAGCUCACAGUGCAUUUUUGUGUUUGACUACAUGGCGUGUGUUGCUUUAAUUCCAAGAAACGCUGAUUUGUUGUCCUCCUAAUAACUUCCCGCUGCAACGUGAUUUGAGAAAUGUUCUGGCACAGUUAAUCCGAUUUAUCUUUGUAUUUUUCUUUUUCUUAUAGUGACAUAUUUAUUAAAAACUAAUGACAUUGGUAACCGGUUUUAAACUCUUAAUUUUAUACUAGCCUUUGCUUUUUGUGACUUUUUCUUUUUUUGAAGCUGAGAAUUUAACAGAGCCUUAAAUAACUUCUCUUGAACCUUGGUCUCAUGUUUCUUUAUUUUCAUCACUUUGUAAUAAACAUGCUUGCAUUUG